AUGCAGAAGCUGUACCCGGAAGGCUCGAUCAACACGAGCAGUAGUAUGGCAGUCGGUGGCGCUGGUGGUGGCACCGGCAACAUGAGUCCAAUGGCGGCCACGUACAGUACGAUGAACAGCAUGGGCAUGGGCAUGACGUCGGUAUCCCCACAGGGUGGUGGAUUUGGCGCCACAGUACUCGGUAGCCCGGGCAUGGGUGGUAUGGGUGCGGCGAUGAACAGCAUGCCGGGAAAUUGUCUAACCUCGACACCGAUCGGAUACAGCUCGAUGGGAUCGCCGAUCAGCAACAUGGGCUCGUGCAUGGGUGGCAAUGGGAUGAGCACGAUGGCGGCCAUGUCUGGGUACACGAGUGUGGCCGGAAGCCGGGAAGUCCUGGGUGAUCCGAGCUCACCGAACUCGGUGGCAUUGCAGCGGGCUCGCACGGAAAAGCCGGCCGCAACGUACCGACGGAAUUAUACGCACGCGAAACCACCGUACUCGUACAUCUCGCUCAUCACGAUGGCGAUCCAGAACAACCCGCACAAGAUGCUCACGCUUGCCGAGAUCUACCAGUUCAUUAUGGAUCUGUUUCCGUUCUAUCGGCAGAACCAGCAGCGGUGGCAAAACUCGAUCCGGCACUCGCUCAGCUUCAACGAUUGCUUCGUGAAGGUUCCGCGCACGCCCGACAAACCGGGCAAGGGUUCGUUCUGGACGCUGCAUCCCGACUCGGGCAACAUGUUCGAGAACGGGUGCUACCUGCGCCGGCAGAAGCGCUUCAAGGACGAAAAGAAGGAGGUGAUCCGGUCCCUGCACAAGAGUCCUGCCCACGGUGGUAGCAGUCUCGAUGCGGUUGGCAGCCCGGAUAAGAAGGACCCCAGCGAGGACCAUCAUGGGCAUCAUCACCAUCACAGCCACAGCCACAGUCACCAUCACACGCAUCACAGCCAUCGGACGGAGCACGCGAAGCUCGGUGUCGGUGUGGGUGUUGGUGUGGGUGUCGGUGACACCCACGGUAUGCUGAACAGUGCGGUGCACGGUAAGGAUGCGGAUGCACUGGCGAUGUUGCACGCGACGGCGGAUCUUUGCCUGGCGCAGCAAACGCACGCGCAGCAUGGUGGUGGAGCGCAUCAUGCGACGCACCAUCACCAUCACCAUCCGGCACACCAGCAGCUGCAGCAGGAGGAACUGACGGCGAUGGUGAAUCGGUGCCAUCCGUCGCUGCUCGGCGAGUACCAUUCGAUGCACCUGAAGCAGGAACCGGCCGGCUAUACGCCCUCUAGUCACCCGUUUUCGAUCACGCGGCUGUUGCCGACCGAAUCGAAGGCCGACAUCAAGAUGUACGAGAUGAGCCAGUACGCCGGGUACAAUGGGUUGAGCCCGCUGCCCAACUCACACGCGGCCGCGGCCGCCCUUGGGCAGGACUCGUACUACCAUCAGAGCCUCGGGUAUCACCAUGCGUCCGCCGGAACGACCAGCUUGUGA